AUGGCGCUGUUCGAAGAGAUUGUGGUGCUUUUGAAGGAUAUUUUCACCUGGAAGGGCCAUGGAUGCCAAACUACAUUACUUCGACUGUUGGAGGACUGGAUGCAGAGGUCGCCACUGUCUUGCUGCUUUCGGGGGGUCAAAAAAAACAUGUCCACGUUUCUAUGGCAACGUGCCUACCAGGUCAUCAGAAGCAGAUUGUUCUUAUUAUUUUCCAUAAUUCUGCUGACGGGGUUUCUAUGGGUACACUUCACCGGGUCACGUGACGAAUUGCUGCCAGAUGAACGACGGGAGUAUGUUGUUCGUCCGAACGUACGGGCGAUAAAAGAUGUCCCGCCAACAAACCUAUCCGAUGAUUCGUUACCUACAACCUAUGUAUCUACAACCACAGGAAAAAAUUCAGUGAUCAGUGGAAGUUUUAAAAAUACUAUAAAAUUAAUGUCGGAAACACGAAGAUCCCAGACAGUGUCGAGUGCUUGUAGGGAACAAUUUGAUGUGAGUUUUUUAAAAGUACAUAAAGCAGGAAGUACAACUGUAAUGAACAUAUUUUUAAGAUUUGCCAUUAGCCAUAACCUCAGUAUAGUGUUACCACACAAGUCUCAAGGAUUCGGAUUCAAUUACCUUGGCUACGGCAAGACUGUGUCACGUGAUACCAUUGUACCGUUACCUCGCAACGAGACAUAUAACAUCCUUUGUAAUCACGUGGUGUACAAUAAGGAGGCAUUCCGAUCAAUUCUUCCAGUGGACACGAUGUAUGUGGGUAUUCUGAGGGAACCCGUCAGCCAUUUUAAAUCGGCGUCCUUGUAUUACGGAUUUUACAAUCAGUUGAAGAAGGUUAUUGUCGAUGGCAGACCUGCGAUAAGUGAGUUUUUGAAGGAGACCAAUAUGUAUAAGAUUGGAACAUAUUUUGUCCAUAACAGAAUGUCUUAUGAUUUAGGUAUACCCCCAACGAAGUUCAAUGACAAUUUGUUUGUACAUGAAUAUAUACGACAAUUGGACCAAGAUUAUGCAUUGAUGAUGAUAAUGGAACGCUUUGCCGAGUCUUUAGUUUUGCUUAGACGGACACUUUGCUGGACGACCAAAGACAUUUUGUAUGUCCCAUUAAAUGCCAUGAAAAACAAACCCAGCAUACAUCUAACCGAAGAGGAUGUACAACACUUAUCAACGUGGAACAAAGCUGACUUCCAACUUCACGACUAUUUUCGGAGUAAAUUUGAUGAAACGGUACAAAAUCAAGGCCAAGAUUUGCAAGAUGAGGUGAAUAGUUUCACUGCUAUCAAAGACAGCGUCAGCAAAUUCUGCAAUGAUAUUCGCAAGUUGCCUAGCAAUAGUAUAGCAGUAAAGCACGUGUCAACUACUCGCUUGAGUCCCGGUUUUGACGUCACCCAAAAUGACUGUCGCUUGAUGACGGAGGACGAACUUCCGAUGAUGAGCCGACUGAUCAAGAAGGCGUGGCAACACUACAAUAAUUCAUUAAGUGUUUCUUAA